AGCAGCAAGAAGUGCGUUUGGCUCAGUAUCACCCUCGGGGCUCUUAGCAUGCUGGCCAAGGAGACUGGCGUCACUGUCCUACUGCUCAACUUGGCCUUCGACUUUUAUAGGUGCUGGCCGUUUGUCAAGAGGUCAAUAUGCUCGUUAAAAAUAGAGAAGAAGUGCACCGGCCUAUCAAUACGAACGAUCAAGGUGGUGGUGUCUCUCGCGCUGCUCAUCUGUCUCAGGCUGGCGCUACUUCAGGGGACCUGGCCUACAUUCUCCUCGCAGGACAACCCGGCUGCGUUUCAUCCUAGCUUUUUUGUGAGGCUGAUGACCUUCUGCUACCUGGCAGCGUUCAACUGGUGGCUACUCCUGUGCCCCUGGACGCUGAGCCACGACUGGCAGAUGGGGUCGGUGCCGCUCAUCACCAGUGGCUGGGACCCUAGGAACCUGCUCACUUGUGCUGCGUUUGGGGCACUGCUGCUGUUGUGCUAUAGGUGCAUUGCAGACUUGGAGGUACAGAGGCACACGCCAGCUGUAAUCGGUCUGCUACUGCUCGUGGUGCCUUUCGUGCCGGCCAGUAACCUGCUCGUCACCGUCGGCUUCGUCAUCGCAGAGAGGGUGCUGUAUAUACCCAGUGUAGGCAGCGUGAUCAUCACAGCCUACGGCGUCCAGCUUAUGUGGUGUUCCAAGCCGGGCACCAAAGCCAUCCUGGUGGUGGGCCUGGCAGUCCUCGCAGCCAGUAGCGUGGCGAGGACCUACCGAAGGAACGCGGAUUGGCGGGACCGCGCCACGUUGCUAAGGGCGGAUUUAGUGACUUUGCCGCAGAACGCCAAACUGCACUACAACUUGGGCAACUUUCUGCGCGAAACUGAACAGCAGGAGAGCGCUAUCAAACAUUAUAAAGAGGCGUUGAGACUAUGGCCAAGCUACGCCAGCGCUCACAACAAUAUUGGCACCCUCGUGACCGGGUCUGACAACGCCGAGCAGCACUUCUUGCAGGCCAUCAAGUUCAACAAGUACCACGUCAACGCGCAUUACAACUUGGGGAAGCUUUACAAAAAAAGCGGGCGCACCUCACAAGCAGUUGCCAUGCUAGAGAAGUGCAUCUGGCUGCAGCCUCGCUUCGUGCAAGCUCAUGUCGAGCUGCUGACCCUUAAGCCUGAGAGGGAGAAGCACGCCAUCCUCGUCAAGCUGGUGGAGUUGGAGCCUAACAACUGGGAGCACUUCAUGCUUUACGGGGACUGGUUGAAGACGAAAGGGCUCGCGGCGCCAGCAUCAAAGUUCUACCUGGAAUCACUAAGACUGAGUUUUCGGAAUCGCAACGUGGAGAAGCCAAUCCGAGGAGACCUAAUCUCGUUCAGAUCGACAGCUUUAAUGCUAAGGUCGUUAGGACAAAAGUCUAGGAUCCUUCAGGUCCUAACAAGAUGGCACACAUGGCGUCGCGGCUGGCCCAGCGCUGCGGCGGCGCAUAUGUAUCUGAGGGACUGGCGACUGAAGAUGGAGCUGGAAGGCCGCGUGAGGAUAUACUCGCAGGCUGUCAACCCUACGAAAUCAACAAAAUGCUUCGACCACACGCAGCUCUCAAUCGAGGAAAAGCAAGAAAACAGCCCGAGCCCGGAAGAGAAACGCCACAUAGAUGCGCUCAGUCGCGUCAGUGCAAGUGAUAUUAGUGAGACAAAAUCGUGCGAACAAAAGACAUGCGGGACCAAAAAACGCAGCCUGUCCAUCUCAAGCCAAAUAAAGACAACGCAUAACAAAUCAGAAAUUGGACUGAAAAAAAAGUGUGUGCAUAGAAAAGACGAUAAGGGGAAGGGCGUGAUACCGAACAUUGCGGCGCCUCUCGAACACAUACUUAUGAAGACAUUUUAGGUUUAACAAAGUGUGAUAUUUAAGAGUGACCGUCUGUUUAGUUUAGCAAGGGUGCCGAUGCUACAAUCAUUCGAUUUUGUGUACACAAUUUCAUUCAUAUUAGAAGACACUAGAAACAUCUGCUACUUCUCUGUCCCAUGAAUUAAAUAUCUCUUUUUUAUGCCUACGUUCUGAAUGCUAACAUAAAUAAGUGUUCACCUAAUUUAUAUCUGUCAUUGUAGAUGAUUUUUUUAUUAACUUUUUUCAUAAACUACAUUUUUGUCGCAUCUCUGUGGCACCGGCGCCCACUGCCCAGCGUUUGAAGUAGUCAACAUUCGCUUGCGACUUUUUUUAUUGAUCUCAGGGACGUUAGAUGUAAAUGCCGACAAUAUCGCGAGGUUACUUAGUUAAGGCUAAUCUAGUCGGUGGGUAGUAUUCCAUUACUUAUCAUCAUAUUUUCAGCUAGGUACAUCAUUCAUUAUAUUUUGAGUAGUUAAUACACGACGAUGACCUCAUAAAGGUAGCAAGAAGGCGCUUGAUGCAGGCCGCAACCAACUGGCUAUUGUGGAAAUCAUUGGGCGAGGCCUAUGCUCAGCAGUGGACGACUGGACGUCCGAUGGCUGAAAUGAUGAUGAUGAUGAUGAGUUGACACACUGUUCAUUUGAAAUACCUACGUAUAAGAACUGUCAAAAUUAUGACUCUUGACUGAACUAAACUCAUCAGUUCACGAACCCAAUUAAACUUAUUUAUCAACUACCCAAUUACAUUAUUACAUAUGGGUAUAACAGCAAAAAUCCGUUCAAAAUAAGUGUAAAUAAAUAAAUAAUGAAAAAAAACAACAUUCACUAGAACCAAAUAGAGUUGUCAAGUCAAUUUAAAAUGCUCAUCACAAAUGGGUAGCACAAUUCCAAUUUCCAAUAACAAUUCAAUUAUUGCGUACUAUUCCAUAUUGGCCUUUGUUUGGAAAUACAAAGCUUUGGAUCGUUUAUGACUUUAUGAUAACAGUACGGUUUUAAUUGCUUGAUACUUAAAACAAAUUAAAGAGACUGGCAACUAAGAAUUAAGUUAUUAAAUGUCAACUUAAUAGGUGGUUUUGUAACUAUACGUCCAUCAAACAUUAUCUACAAUUUGAAGCAGACGUUAAAGUUAUUAAAGUAUAAGCGACAUAAUAAUAUUAUUCUGGAAAAGAGGACUUCAGUUUCAUAACUUUGAACAAAUAGGGUUGAAUAGAGUAAAUACAGGGUGGGCCAAAAAUGUUUGCAAAUACAACGCUUGAUUUCUCGAAAAUGAUUCGAGGUAGAGACGCGUGGGUAAUCGGAAACUGUGCAUAGAUUCAUGCGUUUUAGUCACUAUGGAGCGCUUCAUGAAAAAACAUCUUUUUGUGUAUUUUUUUUCCUAAAGUAUCUUUAGAACUGAAAACGUUUUCGAGAAAUCAAGUGUUGCUACUUGCAAAUAUUUUUUGACCCACCCUGUAUACCUACUGCAAACAAUAACCCUGUAUACCUACUGAAAAUAUUUACGCUAUAUGAUUGGUAAUGGAAUACCAAAACCGACAAACUUAGAUAGAUAACUAAUUUAAACUAUUUGUAGAGAUUGAAAUGAGAAUAUAUUUUUGUCAAAGUUGGAUUAGGUGGUUUGUAAUAAACGCGCACUAAGUUUUUACGCUAGCGUUAGAAUAUCGUUGCUCUGUGUCGUCAACAUAGAAAAAAAACAAAAGAGAUUUAACAAAACAAAAAAACAUCGCAUGUGAAUGCAGUAAAACAUUCAAUAAAGUUCAUUUUUUGUGGUUUUAGCAAAAUAUAAACAAAAAAUAUAACAAUAAAACAAAAA